CUUGUGUUCAUCUUAGAUUCCCAAUACCCAGUCCCAUUUGCAGACCAUUUCAGUUCUAGCUUUUAGUCACGAGAGCUAAAUAUCGAGGGGCGAGAUCUCUGUCAAGAAAACAUGUCUUCUUCACGCUCAGGUCGAUCAUCCCACGGGCACAAAAAGGAAAGGGGUGCUCAGCGGCCCAUACGGCGGAUAAUCGAGUCACUCCAGUCGCACGCCGUCAAUACCCUCACCGAACUCGUGAGAGUCGAGCGGAUAGCAGCGACAUGUGACGAGAGUGAUGCUGUGGCGUUCCAGGGUCCAAUGACGGAGGCAUGGAGCUACUAUGUCAGCAGUAACCAGUUCCUCACUGAGCUGAGAGGACUCACGAGAAAUUACCCGUUCUGCGGGGACAUCGUGACCGACGCACAGAUGAGGGUACGCAGUGAUCCAGAAAGCAAUCGCAGCUGGAACAUGGCCUGGCUGUGCCUUCAAAAGAUUGUUAAUGACAACCUUGUAGCUACGUAUGCUGCCAUAGAAGCUAUGAGGCCGGAGAUGUGGGGUGGGCGUGAGCCUUCUCCAGAAGAGGCAGACCAGCUGGCUCAGUGCUUUGAAUUCGAGUGGAACAAUGCCGUUACCACCAUGUUGCGCCACUGGUCUGUGACCCCGACUUGGUACUGAUACUGAGGUUGGCACAGCUGGCUGUUGGCCGCCCGGGCGGCAAUACUCAGCUACCAUACCUAGGUAGUCAGCCAGAGGGAAAAUGGAUGCACCCACGUCCUUAUAGGUGUAGAUUUGAUACUUAAACCGAUUGGCAGACUAAGCUAGGGUUUCCAACUCUCCCCCUAGGAUCGCAGAGCUAGAUAUAAUAAAGGAAUACUAGCUAGGUCUAGCUUCUUACUCUA